AUGGCUGCGUCUUCAAGUUCAAGACGAAAGAGAGUUAGAAGUGAUGUAGAUGAGGAUGGGGAUGAAUCUCUACCAAUAUCAAAAAGAAUCAAUGGUCUUCAUAUACAACCUGGAAGAAAUGGUUUUCAUAAUAACAACCAGUUAACACCUCCAGUAAAUGGUAAUAACCAUGUGCAAGAAGAAAACUGGCAUCAGCAAGCAUCAGAAGUACCUUCUCUAUCAUCUCAGUUAUCUCCCCUUGGAGUGUCUGCUGCGCAACAUAGUCAUCAUAAUAUAAAUAACAAUGUUGAAAAUGGACAAUCUAAUUCCAGUGGAUCCAGCAAUUUACAUCCUGAUUUACAAGGAUAUGAUCCUGAAUUAAAAUCCACAGAUAAUCCACAUUAUUUCCAGAUAAAUGAAGUAUUAUUCAGAGCACAUGUUGAGAGACAAACUAGAAUAAAUCCUUAUUUUAAUGAUACAUAA